CAUCGCCGCCCGACCUUGCAGUUUUACAGUCUUCCCCCUCCCUCCGUCUGCUGCAAGAUUAAAAGGACCAAAUAAAUUUACGCGGUAAUCAAAUUAACUUGGAAGUACUGCGUUUAACAAGAUUGUUAGUAUGUAAGUAAGUGGAUCUCCGAAGGCCAAUCCACAAGCCAGUUUUCUGGUUUACCCACUGUUGCUUAAAAGCUAACUACAUAGCACCCUGUAUAAUUGCGGAAGAGCGGCGGAGUCUUCCCUGAAGUGACUGUGGUUACGUUAUUUUGCAUUAGAUAAUUCUGGCUAUUUGGUUCGCGUGUUAUGAAAUUUUGCGAGUGUUGCGUUACAUUGACUCUGCUCAUUUCCAGGCAUUUUUAACCCUUGUGUGUAACUGUUCUUAAUAAGGUGACUUUAAUUUUUUGAAUAUUAGCUCUGCCCUGCCUGCAGGCCUACUCUGUCGAGCUUGCUAACAAGCUAACUAGCGGACAGCAGUCUGCAAGAUGGCGUUUAGCUGCAUCUUCAGUGCAAGUCAUAUUAUCUUUACACUGUGCAGCACUCAGUAUUUUUGCCACCUUAUUGUGCAGAAUUGCGUGUAAUUUCCUCCUGAAAUGUGCGUGCAGCCUCUGUAGAGUAACCUACUAAACAAAUUCAAACCAAAAGCGGAGUUAAAACAGCUAUCCGGCAGCCAUUCAAAUGCAACGCAAAGUCCAAUGCAAAUGAUUUCAUUGUGGCUGUUGUAGGCAAAUCACAGUACUGCACAUAAUGUCUGUGUCAACUAUCAGUACAACCCGUACACUGUUGGUUAAACCUUUGCACACAAACACGUUAGUUCAUGCUGUUGAUUUAUACUAGUACAUUUUAUUUCUGUCACAAAAUCUGUAUGCAUUGUUGUUAAAACUACCAAUAGUGUUUUGAAAUUAAUUGUAUGUUACUGGAUUCCUUCAGAAAGUAGUCCUACUUGUAUCUGGUCACAAGUGCAUGAGAGGAUCUGUAAUAUGGUUGCGGUGUCAUUGGAAGCUGAAAAUCCUGGCAAUUUCUCAAAGCAAGUGCCUGGAUUAGUUGUGUGUAAAAGAAUUAAGAUUAAUCUCAUCCUUUUAUGAUUGGAAAAACAUAUUUCUAAUGCCUGGACAGGCUUUGCCAGCUGUUUACAUUAGUGGACAUGGAUAGGAUUAGAGACUCAUUGACUGAGGAUUUUAGCUUUUAGGAUUAUGGAGUUGCUCAGUGAUACUGCUGGUUAUGGCUUUUUCUGUGAUCCAGCUUUAGACCUGUGAAACAUUGCAUUAUUAUUAUUAUUUAACAGUACAGAUAAGCCGGUAUGUUCUUGAGAACAAAUGUUUGUUUAUCUAGUGAAACAUACACAUUUAACUGAAAAUGUAGAAGACACCUAAAAUAGCAGACACAAUCUGCCCUUAAGGGACUUGAAAACUAGUGAGCUGCAACUUCAGGCUGUUUGCCACUGCUCAUUGUUUAUCAUGCAGUCAGCUGACCCUGAUCAGGCGCUUGGAAAGGAGAAGUGAUGAGGGAGAGGAACUCCUUAACUGUAAGCAUCCACAGAGGUCAACAAGAUUGAAUUUGUAUUUUAUUUUUUUAAUUUCUGAAUGUAGAAUAUUUAAAACUUAUAAAAUUUAUAACAUGACUUCAGGCUAUUCCACAUUAAUAUUUGCCACUGGAAUUUAUUUUUAUUUUUUGGGGAAUUUGGCAGUUUAAGAAAGAACAAAAAAGAUGUUGGUGUCUUAUUUCAUCUGACUCAAGUUUGAAUUUAAAACAUUGAACAUUGAGUAGCACUUUAAAACUAACAGCGUUUCAUAGUUUAGUUGUGAUAGAUACUCAUCAGUUUAACUUAAAAGAAUUUAAUUUAAAUUCAUUGGAAAGUUCAAAAUCAGGCAGAGUUACUUAUGUAACCUCCUUUUUCUGUAGUUGUUUCCAACUCUGUGUACUAAAUAAAAACUCUUAUGUUUUAUUUUUGAGUUCAUGGGAUUAAUUAUACUUAAAGUUAAGACAGGAAACUCUACAUUAGUGUAGUAAAUAUUUCUAACUUCAAUUAUUAGUUCUUUUAUUUUUCUCAGGCUGAGAGAAGUUGGGAAUAUAGUUUUAAAAUUAUGUUUUAAGAGGUUUUCAAGGUGAGAAUGGCAUCCUGCUGUCACUGAAUGAUGCUUAAUCAUGAUUACGUUCCAUGACACAUUUAUUAUAAGAUUAAUGAGCAUAAGAGGAUAACUUGAGUUAGAAAGGCCAACCAGUCAGACAACUUAAACGAUUGUGUAGAUAAGGUUGAGAAGACUUUCAGUCUUGUCCUGCAACUUCCAGUAACAUAGGUGAGCUGACGGAAAAACACAAGAGCAACAAGUGCCCGUGGUAGCUGGAGUAAGGUAAUUGAAAAAGCAGAAUAAGAUGAGUGAACUGGACCAGUUACGCCAAGAGGCAGAGCAGCUCAAGAAUCAGAUCAGAGAUGCCAGGAAAGCAUGUGCAGAUGCCACACUAUCACAGAUCACAGCUAACAUUGACCCCGUUGGCCGAAUCCAGAUGCGUACAAGACAAACGCUGCGGGGCCAUUUGGCUAAAAUAUAUGCCAUGCAUUGGGGAACAGAUUCUAGGCUCUUGGUCAGUGCCUCUCAAGAUGGCAAACUUAUUAUUUGGGAUAGCUAUACCACAAAUAAGGUUCAUGCCAUUCCACUUCGAUCUUCCUGGGUCAUGACUUGCGCAUAUGCGCCUUCAGGAAACUAUGUGGCCUGUGGUGGCUUAGAUAACAUCUGUUCCAUCUACAACCUGAAAACACGUGAGGGGAAUGUACGUGUGAGCCGUGAGCUCGCUGGACAUACAGGAUACCUGUCCUGUUGUCGCUUUCUUGAUGACAACCAGAUUGUUACAAGCUCUGGAGAUACCACUUGUGCACUUUGGGACAUUGAGACUGGCCAGCAGACAACCACAUUUGCUGGACACACCGGUGAUGUCAUGAGCCUGUCACUCGCCCCUGACUCAAGGUUAUUUGUCUCUGGUGCUUGUGAUGCCUCUGCUAAACUCUGGGAUGUUCGAGAGGGCAUGUGCAGACAGACAUUUACUGGCCAUGAGUCUGACAUUAAUGCCAUCUGUUUUUUCCCUAAUGGAAAUGCCUUUGCCACGGGCUCUGAUGAUGCCACCUGCAGGCUGUUUGAUCUGCGUGCUGAUCAGGAAUUAAUGAUCUAUUCUCAUGACAAUAUCAUAUGUGGCAUCACCUCUGUGGCAUUCUCAAAGAGUGGCCGCCUUCUUCUGGCAGGAUAUGAUGACUUUAACUGCAAUGUGUGGGACACACUAAAAGCUGAUCGUGCUGGUGUGUUGGCUGGACAUGACAACCGCGUUAGCUGCCUGGGGGUUACUGAUGAUGGCAUGGCAGUUGCAACAGGAUCCUGGGACAGUUUUCUGAAGAUCUGGAAUUGAAGCCUGAAGAUGUUCAUUUAACUCCAAAGUUGACUGGAAGACCAUUACAACUUGAGAAUGUUCACAGCAUCUUCUUCAACACUGUUUAAACUGACUUGGACACCA